ACAACUUUCAAGAUGGGUAAAAAGAAAAUGAGCAAAGAAGAGCGGAAAAAGUAUGAAGCCGAAAAGGCUGAGGCUCUUCGAAUUGAAAUGGAGAAGGAAAGACAACGUCAAUUAGAGGAAGAACGUAAUCUAAAGUUGAAGCAGCUGUCCGAAGCCCGAGACCGUCAAAAACGUGAAUUUCAAGAGAAUAAAAUGCGACGUGUUCAAUUAGCCGAAAGUUGUGCAUUUUUCAAAGAAAUUAGUGAGGAGAUCGAAGAAAUUCAUGCUGAGCAACGAAAACUACAGGAGUGGAAACGAUACAUGCGGUGCAAUGGCCUCCCAAAUGCAUAUGAUCCGGGAGAUUUGCGAAAAUACCUGCACAUGUGGCAAAUGGAAUGUGAUCGAUACAAUGAAAAUGAACAAAAUUGGCUAUUACGAACGGAUGAACGAACAAUUUUAACGCAAAAUCGAAAUAUUGAAAAUGCGACCAAAGUUUAUUUGCAGCAGCAACAACCAAUUCUUGGCGAUGUAUAUUCCAAACGAACACUUCAUGUUUUGGGGAUUCUUGAAGAAAUCGAUGAAGCAAUCGAACAACAGCCAACAACACUUCGUGAGUCAAUCAUCAGUGAAUUGCAUCGACUAAAAUUGGAACUACGCCACAAGCUCAUCGAAUACAUCGACGAUUUUUCAUUCAAAAUUUUGUCCAACAUCGAUCGAGACAUGAAGCUUGAAGGACUUUUGAUUGCCACCCAUUUUUACGAGUGUGACGUAUUCAAAUCGCACCUUUGGACCAAGCGGGAUAUACCACAACCGCUUCUUAACGAAAAAGAGCGUCAAAAAGAAGCCAAAAAUUACAUCAGCAUCGACUUUCCAUCGAUCCGUCUCAAUUUAUCGCUGCCGCCGUCGGUGAAAUGUAAGAACGGUGCUAUACGUGGAAUGUGGUUGAACUAUGAUCAUUUCAGCGAUUUUUGUCCAUCGUUUUAUAUGCCCGGCGAUCGUCCAAUCAAAAUGGAUUUGAAUGAAGCAGCGAAAAAAGAAUGGGCAAAACGCAAGGAACUGGAAAAAGUUGCACGCAUUGAAAAUGACACAAAAUCGAAGGCCAAUGAUGGUGCGGUGCCAUUUGAUAAUUUUGAAUUGUUAAACAUGCCAAUUGUUGAUGUCGAUAAACUUUAUAUGGACUAUAUAAAUGAUAUCAUCAAGAAGGAUCGAUAUCGUAAGGGACGGGACGUCUUGAAUCUGAAGGAAUUCGAAAUUAAUUUGCGACAAUAUCGUAUUGUGGGUGGAAUUUACUGUUUGGAUUACUUUGAACAGCCGGAGCAAAGUGUGAAGUUGUCGGCCAAAUCGUACUUGAGAACAAUUGGUGGUUCAAAGUCCCUAAAGAGACGUCAGUUUUUCCAAUACUUUCGAAUGCCGGAUCCAAUACCGGCCGGUGUACGUCGCCUGCCAGAAGAGGUCGAAACCGAAAUGAAGGCAAUCGAACGAGGAUUGAGCAAAUUGUCUUAUGUGACAAUCACUUUACCGGACGAUAUCAUUUGGUUUGAACCGCCAACGGUUUGUCGUUGGGAGGUGCUUGCUGAAACGGACAUUUCCGAGCGUAUUAAAAACAAACCCCCAACUGACCACUUGAAAACUCAACGUUCAAUCAAGACUACCUCAC